ACCACACAUGGUCUCCUUUACUUUCACCACUAUGCAACAACAGCAAAGCCACUGCCUUUCCAUCGCGCUCUGUAAGAACCCUUCACCUUUCACUGCUUUCAACUUCCAUUGCUUCUCUCAUUUCCUUUACCCCUCCACUCCCAAACACGAAAUUUCUCAAAUUUUUGUAGAUAGAAGAACACACGCUAGAGCAGUUAGACACCACUUUAAUGCAAAGUUAUCCACAAAAGGCCAUGAAGCCUCAAGAAAGUUUACAAAUUUCAAUACUAGGAAAGAAACUGGUUCUGGGUUUAGUUCUUCAAGGUCUAGAAAUGGUGGAGGUGAAAUAAACAACUUGGAGAACAUUUUCAGUUCUGUCUUGGAAGGGAAGGCUGAGAACAAGAGGCUUUUAAAGGAUAAGGUUGCAAGAAAAAUGGGUUCUCGGAGUUCUUCACUGAAGUCUAAGAAAGAUAAGGUUAAUUCUCCUUCAGUGAACUUGAGGGGUCAAUUGGAUAUGUGUUCAAAGAGAGGGGAUGUGAUGGGUGCAAUUCAGCUGUAUGAUAAAGCUUUGAAAGAAGGAAUUACAAUGGGGCAGUAUCAUUAUGCUGUGCUUUUGUAUCUUUGCUCUUCUGCGGCUGUGGGCUUUGUUCAACCUGCUAAAAGUGGUACUGGUAAUCGACCUUUGAAUAUGUUACAAAUUUCGAAUGAUAUUGGGAAUUCUAUUUCUUCUGAAUUGGCUGUUCGUGGUAGAAGAAGUUUUGAUCAUAUAGACAGUAGUUUCUUCGAGAAGAACUUGAAUCGGUUUUCGAAAGGGUCUGCAAAGCCUUAUUCUCAACUUUCAGAAGGUCCUAGUUGUCAAGAAGAUGAUGAAAUUUGGGUAAGUGAAGAUGUCAAGAAGUAUGCACUUGUUAAGGGAUUUGAGAUCUACGAAAAGAUGCGUUCGGAUAAUGUCCCGAUGAAUGAGGCGACGUUGACGGCUGUGGCAAGAAUGGCAAUGUCAAUGGGAAAUGGUGACAUGGCAUUUGAUAUGGUGAAGAAAAUGAAGCCGCUGGGUAUAAAUCCUAAAUUGCGGUCUUAUGGUCCUGCUCUCUCUGUUUUUUGCAGUACCGGAGACGUCGACAAAGCUUUCGAAGUUGAGAAACACAUGUUGGAGGAUGGCGUUCAGCCAGAAGAGCCUGAACUGGAGGCACUCUUAAGAGUUAGCGUAGGAGCCGGAAAAGGUGACAAAGUGUACUAUUUACUGCAUAAAUUAAGAACAAGUGUGAGAAAAGUGUCGCCUUCUACCGCUGAUGUAAUCGUUAAAUGGUUUGAGAGCAAAGCAGCUUCGAGAGUAGGGAAGCGAAAAAUAGAUAAGAGAUUAAUAAAGGUGGCAAUUGAAAAUGGAGGCGGAGGCUGGCAUGGGCAGGGCUGGUUGGGUAAAGGAAAGUGGAGUAUUUCACAUACAGUUGUUGGAGCCGAUGCCUUAUGUAAAUGUUGUGGGGAAAAGCUGGCUUUAAUAGAUCUCGAUCCUGUAGAAACAGAGAAGUUUGCUGAAUCAGUUGCAUCUAUAGCUAUAAAAAGAGAGAAGAACUUCAGUUUUCAAAAGUUUCAAAAAUGGCUCGACUACUAUGGACCAUUUGAAGCUGUGGUUGAUGCAGCUAAUGUAGGUCUUUUCAGCCAGAAAAGAUUCAUGCCAUCAAAGGUCAAUGCUGUUGUUAACGCAAUACGACAGAAACUACCAUCAAGGAGAUGGCCACUCAUUGUUUUGCAUAACAGACGGAUCACUGGACGGAAAAUGGAUGAACCAGUAAAUAAAGCAAUAAUCGAGAAGUGGAAAAAUGCUGAUGCUCUAUAUGCAACUCCAACUGGAUCCAAUGAUGAUUGGUACUGGUUGUAUGCAGCUAUAAAGUUCAAGUGCUUAAUUGUUACUAAUGACGAGAUGAGAGACCAUACAUUUCAACUUUUGGGAAAUGACUUCUUUCCGAAAUGGAAAGAAAGGCAUCAAGUGCAUUUCAGUUUCUCAAAUGCUGGUCCAGUAUUUCACAUGCCUCCUCCAUGUUCUGUCGUAAUUCAGGAAUCAGAUAAAGGCCACUGGCAUAUUCCCAUUGCAUCUGAACUUGAUUAUGAUUCUGAAAGAACAUGGUUAUGCAUUAGACGAGCUAACUCACUUGUCGUGAAGGAAGAUUCCGCUACCCUAACUGAAGAUUCACAGCCUCUUAAUGAUAAGGAACAUGCAAAGACAACCACUCAAACCAAAGUCAAUUCAAACUCCCCUCCACUAAAUGAUGGCAAUUAUGAUAAACUGGAAAAGCUUGCUGAGGAAAUAUACAAAAACAUCACUGAUAUUUCAUUUGCUUCCGUUUGCUCAGAUCAGUACACAGUUCUAUCAGAAAUAGAGGCCGCAGAGAAUCUUGGCAACUGUGUAAUUGACUUUCAAAUAUGAGACAAGUGGCAUUCAUGUAAAGUUGUGGAAAUUGUAAUGAACUAUCAUUUGGAAUCCCCUCGUAAUUGUAUAGUUUCAAAGCUCCUGAGCUGAGUUUAUAUCGCUGCAUUUUGUACUUAGCGAGGUUUUUG